GACGCGCGCCGGCGGCGCGGGAGCGGGGCGCAGCUUGGCUCCCGCUGGGGCUGUGCGGCGGUGGUGGCGUCGCUGGGCGCGGCAGGUACCGACUGUUAUGUGUCCCGCUCCGCCUCGGGCCCGCCACGGCGUGGGCUGUGCCGGUUCUGGCGGGAGGGGCCGGUCGGGCCGAGCUCGCUCCGUAACUCCCCGCGGGCACCAUCGUAGGGUCGGGGCCCUCCGGGCGGGUCUGAGCGGCGGAGAGGGACGGGAUGGGCGGUGUGGGCGGGCCCCGGGCCGAGCGGCGCGCCGGGAGCGGUCCCGCUGCGGCCGUUGGUGCCGGGGGCGUGAUGGCGGCGGGCGGCGGUCACCGCCUCCCCCACGUGACGGCGGGCGGGGAAGGCGGCGGCGGCGGCCUUCGCUUUGGCACGGGCUCGGCGGGAGAGGCGGCUCGAGCUAUAAUCGCCCCUUCCCGUGCACGUGGGCGCGGGCAUGAAACGUGGAAGCGCCUCUGGGGAAAACGGCGGAUGCUGUUUCGGCUACAGUGUUACGUUAAUGCGAUCCUGAGCUCUUGUGCCUUAAAGACAAGAAAAAGCUGGGCAGGCUUUCUUCAGUUUUUCUGGUGGUUUGGCUAGAAAUGACCUUGAAGCCCUCCGCGUAAGAGUGGAGUUAAGCAAGCUAUAAACUAAUGGGAAAGUAUUUGAUAAAAAGGUAUAGCGUUUCAUAACAAGAAGCUAUGCGGAGAAGGACCUGGGUGUCUUUGCAGACAGCAGGUGGGCCGUGAGCCAGCAGUGUGCCCCGGUGGCCCAGAGGGCCAAUGGGAUCCUGGGGUGCAUCACAAAGAGCGUGGCCAGCAGGUCGAGGGUGAUCCUUCCCCUUUGCUCUGCCCUGCUGAGGCCCCACCUGGAGCACUGCGUUCAGUUCUGGGCUCCCCAGUUCAAGGCAGAACAAGGAGCAACGGACGCAAACUGCAGCACAGGAAGUUCCAUACAAAUAGAGGAAGACAGAGCUGCCCAGAGAGGCUGUGGAGUCUCCUUCACUGGAGGCUCUGUUUAGUGUUUUAGACUCGCGACCCGUUUUCUCUGGAGCUGAUGUCUUCCGGAUGUUUUCAGCUUGGCUAAAAAGCUGCUUUGCUGGAAUGCUUUAGAGGGUCAAAAACCUUUUCGGUUUUAAAUUAAUUGAAAUUAAUUGAAGGAAAUAUUUCUGGCCUCACCAAAGAAUUACCGGAAUCAUGGAUCAGAACAACAGCUUGCCGCCCUACGCUCAAGGCCUAGCCUCCCCUCAGGGUGCAAUGACUCCUGGAAUUCCAAUUUUUAGCCCGAUGAUGCCGUAUGGCACAGGACUGACUCCACAGCCUGUCCAGAGCACCAACAGUCUGUCCAUUCUUGAGGAACAGCAACGGCAGCAGCAGCAGCAACAGGCAGCGCAGCAGUCUACAUCACAGCAAGCGACACAGGGAACAUCUGGUCAAACUCCCCAGCUCUUCCACUCACAGACUCUUACCACAGCCCCUUUGCCGGGAACCACACCUCUGUACCCCUCCCCAAUGACUCCAAUGACUCCUAUAACUCCUGCGACACCGGCAUCUGAGAGCUCUGGGAUAGUGCCACAGCUACAGAAUAUUGUGUCCACGGUGAAUCUUGGUUGCAAACUUGACCUAAAAACCAUUGCACUUCGUGCCCGAAAUGCUGAAUAUAAUCCCAAGCGUUUUGCUGCUGUUAUUAUGAGGAUAAGAGAACCACGUACUACUGCGCUUAUAUUCAGCUCUGGAAAAAUGGUGUGCACAGGAGCAAAAAGCGAGGAACAGUCCAGACUGGCAGCAAGGAAGUACGCAAGAGUUGUUCAGAAACUGGGUUUUCCUGCAAAAUUUUUGGAUUUUAAAAUUCAGAACAUGGUGGGCAGCUGUGAUGUGAAAUUUCCUAUCAGAUUAGAAGGAUUGGUACUCACACACCAGCAGUUCAGCAGCUACGAGCCAGAAUUGUUUCCUGGCUUAAUCUACAGAAUGAUCAAGCCAAGAAUUGUUCUGCUUAUUUUUGUUUCUGGAAAAGUGGUUUUAACUGGUGCUAAAGUUCGAGCAGAAAUCUACGAAGCGUUUGAAAACAUCUAUCCUAUUUUAAAGGGGUUCCGGAAGACAACGUAACAGUUUCUACAUGUCUCAGAGAAAUUGGGGGUACAUUUGAAAAGGCAUUGCAUAUGGCACAGCAGUAACAAGAGAUGGACUUCAGUGAAACUGCAACACCAGACUUGGACUGUUUCCCAGUUAGUGCCUAUUUCCCUGACGCUCAAGGGGAAUUGUUUUAUCAAUGAUUAUGUCUACUGAGUUACUGUGAGUUGCUUUGUAGGGCUGCUCCUGGAGCAGUCCCUCCGAGUUUUAUUUAUAUUCUAGCUUUUAAAUAGUUUUAAUGCCAGUUCUCUUAAUAGAAGAUUCAUAAAUUGGUUUAAAAGACGAAUGCGACCGUGUCACUCAGUGUAUAAACCACUUCAGUUGCCGUGUAUAUAUGUUUUAAUUUCCUUCCAUUAAGACCAUGGUUUUUAUAAUUUUCCAAGUUAAGCUUUUAAAUUUCUUCAGUUUUAAAUUUCUUUGGUGCCAGACACAUUCCCUUUUUCCAGUAUUAAGCAAGGCAGAAUAAAUUUAUUAAUGAAAACAGCUCACUGUACAUAUAUAUAUAAUAUAUAUAUUCCUCCUCUUUUCUCCUUCAGCUCCACAUGUACAAUAAACCCUGUUUAUACAAUGAUGGGAACUGUCUUAAUGAGUUUUAACAUUGCACAGCUGGUGAAGUGAAAUAUAUUGAGAAGUUCUUUUUAAGUUAAUCUGGAUUUUUGAAUAGCACACGCACUACUGUAAGUGAUUGGUCACUGGGAGAAAAUCUUAGCAACGCUCUGGCUUGCUUACCAGUAGUCAUAUCCUUGGCAACAUUCAGCUUGAUUACUUCCAGUACACUAACAGAAAAAAGAAGACUGGCUACAGGAGUUUGUGUUCAAGUAUGUGUUGCCUCCCAUUCAACACAUGGGAUUUAUGCAAGUCUUACGCAGCUACACUUGAGUGAAUUGGAACAAAUGAUUCUUGCUUAGCUUCUAAGAUUUCUUAUAAAUCACUUUUGUAUUUUACCAACUAUGACAGUCUCACUAUAUUAGUGUUCCUAUAAAGUUUCAAAGCACUUCCAACUACAGUCAGCAUGUACAUAAUCUCCCCUUUGAAGUGUGCUUGCAGCUUAAUGGGCUGAGAACUAAAAAUAAACUUUUUUUUCUCCAGUACAUUUCCAGUAAUAACCUUUCUAUGACUUGCACAUUCUUUCAAAUAGCUUUUAUCUAAAACUAACCCAAAUGUAACCAUGGUCUCUUAAUUAAAAUGAUGUUUCAUUCCAGAUAA